GAAUAUUUUGCUGCAAUGUUUACUAGUUCUCUCAGAGAAUCGGCUCAAAAUGAAGUUGAAUUAAUGGAAGUAGAUGGGGAUGCAUUAUGGGCUUUGGUCUGUUAUUGUUAUACAGGCUGUAUAGAAUUAAGGGAGGAUAGUGUAGAAACUCUUUUAGCAACAGCAUGUUUACUACAGCUCAAUCCAGUUGUUAAGGCUUGCUGUCAAUUUCUUAGAAAGCAACUCCAUCCAAGUAACUGUCUAGGAAUAAGAAUGUUUGCAGAUACACAGGGUUGUACAGAUUUAUUAGAAUAUGCUCAUGCAUAUACAACCAAACACUUUAUGGAAGUCACGAAAAAUCAAGAAUUUUUAUUACUAUCUGCUAAUGAAGUUGCCAAAUUGUUAGAAUCGGAAGAUCUCAAUGUACCUUCAGAAGAAACUAUUUUUCAUGCACUUAUGACAUGGUUGGAAUAUCAUCCAGAAAAUAGACAAAAAGAAGCAAGCAGACUGCUAAGUCUUGUAAAACUACCUCUGUUGUCCCCUGCAUUUAUAGCCGACAAUAUUGAGAGUAAUGAAAUGUUCAAAGAUCAAAGAGUGGCACAAGAGUUAGUCAUGGAAGCAUUAAAAUAUCAUCUUCUGCCAGAGCGUAGACCAUUACUUCAAUCAGGACGUACAAAGCCUAGGAAAGCAACUGUAGGUCACAUGUUAGCUGUUGGAGGAAUGGAUGCUAAUAAGGGUGCUACUUCUAUAGAUGCAUUUUCCUUGCGUGAUAAUGCUUGGAAACCAAUAGCCACGAUGAGCGGUAGGAGACUUCAGUUUGGUGCUGCUAUAGUAGAUAAGAAACUAAUAGUUGCCGGCGGAAGGGAUGGAUUAAAAACAUUGAAUAUAGUCGAAUGUUUCGAUUUUUCCACUUUAACAUGGAACACACUAUCUCCUAUGAAUGUUCAUCGUCACGGAUUAGGGGUGGCUGUAUUAGGUGGACUUUUGUACGCUGUUGGCGGUCAUGAUGGUUGGAGUUUCCUUGACACAGUAGAAAGAUGGGAUCCAUCUACGCGACAAUGGAGCUCCGUUUCGCCUAUGUCGAUACAGAGAUCUACAGUUGGUGUUGCUGUAUUAAACGAUAAAUUAUAUGCUGUAGGUGGAAGAGAUAUAAGUUCGUGUUUAAAUACUGUAGAAUGUUAUGAUCCACAUACAAAUAAAUGGACUCCUUGUGCUCCAAUGUCAAAACAACGGGGUGGAGUGGGUGUGGGAGUAGUAAAUGGGUGUCUGUAUGCAUUGGGAGGUCAUGACGCGCCAGCCACUAAUCCCAAUGCCAGCAGAUUUAAUUGUGUUGAAAGGUAUGACCCUAAAACAGACACGUGGACAAUGAUAGCGCCAAUGAGUGUCCCUCGGGAUGCAGUUGGUGUUUGUGUACUAGGCGACAGGCUUAUGGCAGUGGGAGGCUAUGAUGGCCAACAAUAUCUCACACUUGUUGAAGCAUAUGAUCCUCAUCUUAAUGAAUGGGAACCUGUUGCUCCUUUAAAAGCUGGACGAGCAGGUUCGCCAUGUGUUGUUGUAAAAAAUGUACCUGGUUUCGGAUUUGAUUAG